UGCGAGAGCGCCGGUCGUCCCGUGCGCGUCAAGCUCCGUGCGUGCGAGUGAGUGGCGGAGUGAGCGGGCUGCACUCAGAGCCGGCCGCCGCCCGGCCUUCCCCGGGGAACUGGCGAUCCGUGUCCUGGUCGUGGACAUGUCCCCCAGGAGUGCUACAGUGUGCCCGCGCCCUCUGCGCCGCCGCCGAGACUGAGCGGAGGUCAGGUGCAGCUGCAGCCUCUGUCCCGUACUCGCCCGUUGCCGAGCGGACAGCUUCGUGUCGUCUCCCAAACACAGAAUCGCGAUGGCUCAGCGCGCGUUCCUUGUGCUGCUGGUGGUGUCGGCGCUCGGCGCCUGCGCUUGCCAGAGGCAGUACGACUACCAGUACCCGCCGACGCAGUACCCCAUCUACAGCUAUACCCAGCCGCCCUCUGUGCCGCUCUCGGUGCAGCCCUACGCGCUGUCGCCCAACCAGAAGAGGGAGGCCCAGCACGUGCAGCAGGUACAGGAGGCGCAGCAGGCGCAGGCUUCUUCGCACCAAGCCCAGGCCAACGCACAACCUCACUCCUACGCACCAACCCCUUCGGACCAGGCCCAGGCCUACGCACCUCAGUCCUUCGCACCAACCCCUUUGGACCAGGUCCAGGCCUACGCACAACCUCAGUCCUACGCACUACCCCUCUCCGAUCAGGCUCAGACCUUUGCACAGCCGCGCUCGGACCAGGUCCAGCCACAAACUCAGCCGGCUAAGGUCGAGCAGACCGUGCAGCCUCCCUCGGCUCAGGUCGAGCCGUACGCGCUGCCCCCUUCGGGCCAGGUUCAAGCUGGCCAGCCCCAGCCCGCUGCACAACCCCCUCUGAAUCAGGCCCAACCCCCUGCACCACCCCCCUCGGAAAUGGUCCAGCCGUACUUACUGGCCCCCUCGAACCAGCACACGCAGCAACCGGCGCGACAGCCCACGUACCAGGAGAUGGUGGAGGCGGUCAUCGCUCGCGGUGUGACCCGGCUCGCCAUCAACCUGGCCAAGGUGGUGGAGCACGACGGCGACGUGUCGGGUCAGACGGGCAACGUUGUCUUCUCGCCACUGAAUGUGGCCACAGCCCUCGCCCUGGUCCUGGCCGGCUCCAACGGCACCACCUUCAACGAGAUUGCCAACGCACUUGGAAUCAAGGUCGACGAAAACUUGCUGUCGAACAGAAAGUUCGUUCAUGAGAAAUUCGGCCACUUCCUUAGCCAGUUGGAGUCGGGGUCGGCUACCGUGAACCCCACAUCGAACACGACAGAGGGCAGCCAUGUCGUGGUCGCCAACGGCCUCUUCGUGCAGAAGGAGUACGACAUCCAGCCGAGCUUCGCCGAGAUCGCGGCCUCGUACAGGUCACAGGUCAUCCCCGUCGACUUCAUGAACGACAACACGCGGACCAAAGAUCAGAUCAACAAUUGGUUCUCGAAGCACACCCUGGGGCGCAUCAAGUCGGUGCUGCCCGAGUCGCCGCCCCGCGAGACCAAGCUCAUGAUCGCCAGCGCGCUCUACUUCAACGGCGCGUGGGAGGCGCCCUUCCCCAUCGAGGCCACCAUGGUGCGCCCGUUCAACGGCGUGACCGUCAACGGCAGUCGGGAGCUGUCCGCCGUCCGCAUGAUGACCAACAACAUGGACCUCCCUUACGCGGCAGACCACACGCUGGGCGUCCGGCUCCUGGAGCUGCCGUACAAGACCCGCGACACGUCCAUGUUCCUGCUGCUGCCGGACGCGGACGGGCUCGCGGCCCUCCGGGAGGUGGAGAGGCGCCUCCACGAGGACCCCGGCAUCCUGGAGCGCCUCAUCGAGACGCGGAAGGUAGCGCCCGUCAUCUACACGCUGCCCAGGAUGAAGCUGCAGCGGUCCAUCAGCCUGCGCACCGCGCUGGAGACCCUCGGCGUGCACACGCUCUUCGACGAGCGCCACGCCGACCUCUCGCACCUCAGCGACAAGGUGGUGACCCGGGGCCCUCUGCCACCCCCGGCGGCGGCCGUGGCCUUGCCGUGGAACUUCUCCGUCGUAGCGAGCCUGGCCUCGGACCUGGCGUCCGCCACGUACAACCCGCAGCUGGUGCCCACCAUGACGGAGCUGGGCCUGUGCUUCUCCUUCAACUCGCUGCUGGCGUACUACGUGUCGCCGCGGUACUGGCGGCUCGGCGAGCGGACGCUUGACAACAGACGCGGCCUGCUGGAGGUGAACGUCAUGGACGGCUCGAUCUUCGCUCAGCUGUCCGGGCUGCCCAGCGGCUACCAGGUGCGGGGUGCGGGUCUGCUCUGCUGCCCGAGCGACCCCCGCUGCGAGGUGCCGGACCUGCAGUCGCAGUCCCUGGUGGCGACAGAGGGCCGCUUCAAGAGCGUGCUGGUGACGGCGCUGGCCAUCCACACGAGCGAAGGGGUCCGGCGGCUGUCGCCCGAGCAGCGCCGCUGCCGCUUCACCGACGAGCCCAAGGAGGGCACGCCGCACCUCAACGUGCCCGUGUACUCGUACAACCUGUGCCGGCGGGCGUGCCGGGCGCGCCUCGCGCUCGACCUGUGCGGCUGCGUGCCCCACUUGUACGGGCCCAUGGUUGACGCGGCAGGCGCCCGCCUACCGACGUGCAACGUGGAAGGCAUCGGGUGCAUUCUGGGAUACCUCAACUUCAUAGCUUCUUUGACAAAACCAACAAGAGGCGAAAAGAUAGAGUGUAACUGUUUGGCCAACUGCAAUCAAGUGAGCUUCGUUGUGGACAGUGACACCAAUCAGCCAUGGUUUUUGGGAACGGAUCUCAAGUGGGGCUUAAGCAGACAUCCACGCAUGAGGCUGAAGAGAGAUUUGAUUUUUGGCGUGACUGACCUCCUUGUGCACGUUGGCAGCACUGCCGGACUCUUUCUGGGCUGCUCAGUGCUGAGCGUCAUCGAGCUCCUCUACUUCCUGACGCUUAGGUUGUACUGGUACACGAGGACACCCACGUUCUCAGGAGCCAGGACCGCCGACCGCUCUGUGGGGCUGCUCAUGCUCUUGCGGAAACCAUGAGGGACCUCCGGAAAUAAUUCGCAGUUUGAAGGAGAAGGGUUCUGGAACGCACGCCUCGAACCCCAAGAGCAAAUAAGAGACUUUAUAGUUAAGUUCAAAACCCACUCAGUCCUCACCCGUUCAGACCUCCCGCCGCGCCCACGAGACUGAGAGCCUCCUGUUGUGGCUAGGAAUAAGAUUCGAAUAAUGGCGCCCCUAGUCAGCUGGACAAGCGAACAUCGCCAAUCUGUCGGGCAGAGACGCGAUCGGAACUGCAGUCCAGCUGACUAAGGGAUUCACCCCAGCCGCCCGGACGGAAGGGCAGCGGCCUGGCCGGGGGCAGGGGAUGCCAGGCGCAUCAGUCGCCCCGUAGAGCUGGAAGUUGGAGGUUCGUGUGUGUUACUAGCGACUCGAUAAUACACGUGUUUAGACCAUA